AUGCCUUCCUAUAACAUUCUUUUCUUCUUCAUCCUGAUUAGCUUCCUCAGGUUUCCACCUACCAAGACAGAGGACAGCAUUGCUAUUUAUCUAUAUAAAAUUUGCUCCAACACCACCACCACCACCAUCUCCAACAACAACAGUGCCUUCCAAUUUGAUCUGAGAACCCUCCUCACUUCAUUGUCUUCUAAGGCCACAGGAGACACCCAAUUCUCCACCAGCACAGUCAUUGGUAGCACAAACCCAUCUGACUCCGUCUAUGGGCUUUUCAUGUGCAAGGGCGACGAUGACUCUCAACUCUGUCAACAAUGCAUCGGGGACGCAACUCUGCAACUCUUCUCAGAGUGCUCCUUGUCCAAACAAGCUGUGAUUUGGUAUGACGAGUGCAUGGUUCGCUACUCCAAUCGCAAUUUCUUCUCCGCCGUCGAUACGCAGCCUAAAUUUGUCUAUUUGAACCCCCUUAAUGUCUCAAACCCAGAAAGCUUCUUGCAUUUGGUGUAUAAGGCCAUGAAUGCAACUGCAGACGAAGCAGCAAGUGGUGAUGAGAAGAUUAAGUACGCCACAAAGGAAGUAACUGUCUCAGACUCAGAAUCUCACACCAUUUACAUUCAAGCUCAGUGCACACCAGAUUUGUCACCCCGUGAUUGCAGAACAUGUCUCAGUGAUGCGAUAGGGGAAUUUCCAAAGUGUUGUGUUGCAAAGAAGGGAGGGAGAGUUAUGUAUCCAAGCUGUAAUAUUAGGUAUGAACCGGACCCUUUCUAUCACACCAUUUCUACAUCACCCACUCCAGCACCACCACUAGUUUCUGCCACCACAAAUAACACUUACUCGCCUCAGACUCAGACUACUUCUCCAUCACGAUCUACUGAGAAACAAAGUAACAGAGGACGAACAAUUAUCUUAAUUGUUGUGCCUGCGGUUAUUCUAGUGAUGCUCUUUUCCUUUGGUUGCUAUUUCCUAAAGCGAAAAGCAAGAAAGAGUCAUUUGACAAUUCUCAGAGAAAAUUUUGGUAAAGAAAGUGCAACUUUAGAGCCAUUGCAAUUCGAUUUUCCCAUAAUUGAAGCAGCAACAAACAACUUUUCUCAAGAAAAUUACAUUGGAAAAGGAGGAUUCGGAAAGGUUUAUAAGGGCAUUCUACUUGAUGGUCAACAAAUAGCUGUAAAGAGACUUUCAGAAACUUCUAAGCAGGGUGUUGACGAGUUUAAGAAUGAAGUUUUAUUGAUAGCGAAGCUUCAACAUAGAAAUCUGGUGGCAUUCAUUGGCUUUUGUCUUGAGGACCAAGAGAAAAUACUCGUUUACGAAUACGUGCCAAAUAAGAGCCUUGAUUACUUUUUAUUCGAUUUUGGUUUGGCUAGAAUUGUUGAAAUAAAUCAAGACCAAGGAAGUACAAAUAGAAUUGUUGGAACAUAUGGUUAUAUGUCUCCAGAAUACGCAAUGCUUGGGAAAUUUUCGGAGAAAUCAGAUGUUUUCAGUUUUGGAGUCAUGAUUUUAGAGAUUGUUACCGGGAAAAAGAAUCUAACUUCUUGGGAACCACAACCUGUUUCUAAUGGUCUCUUGAGUUGUGUUUGGAGACAAUUGAAGGAUCAAACACCUUUAAGUGUCUUAGACAUAAAUAUCAAAGAAAAUUAUUCUGAAAUUGAGGUCAUCAAGUGCAUUCAGAUUGGCCUAUUAUGUGUUCAACAUAACCCUAAUGAUAGACCUACAAUGUCAGAAAUUGUUUCAUAUCUAAGUGGUUAUUCAAUUGAUUUGCCAACUCCACAAGAACCUACAUUUUUCUUGCACACUAGGAUGAACCCAAAUCCACAAGAAUCAAGUUCUACUCAGUCUGGGAACAAUUCUAUCAAUCAAGUGUCUACAAGUACUUUUCUUCCUCGAUAGUAAUUAGUUUAUUUUCCUUUUAUGUGCCAUUGUUAAGAACAAGU